AUGGCCAAGUUACACCUGCUGUGGUGGCUGCUGUUGCUGCCGACACUCUGCGGCCCAUGCGCCGCUGCAGCUGUCUGGACCACCUCAACCCUGGCCUGCACCCAGGGCCCCGAGUUCUGGUGCCAAAGCCUGGAGCGAGCAUUGCGAUGCGGAGCCCUGGGGCACUGCCUGCGUGAAGUCUGGGGACACGCGGGAGCUGAUGACCUGUGCCAAGAGUGUGAGGACAUCGUCCACAUCCUCACCAAGAUGACCAAGGAGGCCAUUUUCCAGGACAUAAUGCGGGAGUUCCUGGAGCAGGAGUGUGACGACCUCCCCUUGAAGCUGCUGGUGCCCCAAUGCCACCAUGUGCUGGACGUCUACUUCCCCCUGGUCAUCGACUACUUCCAGAGCCAGAUCAACCCGAAAGGCAUCUGUGAGCACCUGGGCCUGUGCAAACUGGGGAAACCAGGGCCAGAGUCAGAGUCUGGGAUGCCGGGCCCUCUGCUGGACAAGCUGGUCCUCCCCAUGCUCCCUGGGGCCCUCCAGGCCAGGCCUGGGCCUCACACACAGGACCUCUCCGAGCAGCGAUUUCCCAUCCCUCUCCCCUUCUGCUGGCUCUGCCGGACUCUGAUCAAGCGUGUCCAGGCUGUGAUUCCCAAGGGCGUGCUAGCCGUGGCCGUGGCCCAGGUGUGCCACGUGGUACCCCUGGUGGUGGGUGGCAUCUGUCAGUGCCUGGCCGAGCGCUACACCGUCAUCCUGCUGGACGUGCUGCUGGGCCGCGUGCUGCCCCAGAUGGUCUGCGGCCUCGUCCUCCGGUGCUCCAGCGAGGACGGCCCUGGCCCAGGUCUCACCGCUCCGGGGUCCCUGCCGGGAGAAUGGCCGCUGCAAGAUUCUGAAUGCCACCUCUGCUUGUCUGUGAUCGCCCAGGCAGGGAACAGCAGCAAGCUGGCAGAGCCACGGGCCAUGCGUCAGGCCUGCCUUGGCUCCUGGCUGGACAGGGAAAAGUGCCAGCAAUUUUUGGAGCAGCACACGCCCCAGCUGCUGACCCUGGUGUCCAAGGGCCUGGAUGCCCACCCUGUCUGUCAGGCCCUAGGGGUGUGUGCAACCACGUCCAGCCCUCUCCAGUGUGUCCACGGCCCCCCCUUCUGA